AUGAAGAAGAAUGAUGAAGAAGAACUAGGAAAGAUGUACUGUUUUGGACUUUUGGAGAUACUGAUUGAUGACAAAAAUAAGCUCAUACCCCCUCGCCCAUACGCCCAAUCCAAACUCCCAUACCCGAUUACCCGUCAUAUAGCACGGACCACUAUCAAACUCACCCCUGUAAACUACCUUUCUUGGAAAAUUCAAAUCGAAGCUAUACUCGUCGGCCAUGAUUUGUUUCGAUACAUUGAUGGCUCCCUUCCAUGCCCUCCUUCUGUUAUCACCUCUUCUAGUGGUGAAGAGGAACCCAACCUAGAUCAUGUUUUUUGGACUCGCCAAGAUCGUCUUCUCUUUGGUGCUUUAAUCGGCACAUUAUCACCAAACCUUAUUCCCUUGGUCUCUGAGGCUCAUACCUCCAAGCAGCUGUGGGACAUUCUCAAACGCACUUAUGCUCUUCCUACUCGUGGCCACAUCAAACAAAUCAAGGAUCAACUAAAUCGCAUCACCAAGGGUGGUCAAUCCAUCAUUGAAUAUAUGCAAUCUCUCAAAACUUGUGCCGAUCGUUUAGCCUCAUUGGGCAAGAAGCUUGAACACGAGGAUUUAAUUAAUCGAGUCCUCUUUGGCCUUGAUGACUCCUACAACUCAGUCAUCGAAUCAGUGAUGCUAGGGAUACACCCAUCUCAUUUGAGAAACUGCACGAGAAACUUAUCAACAAGGAGCUCUCCUUGCAGCAAAGCUAUACCGAUCCCUCACUUCCUGCCACUGCCUUUGCAGUGUCAACAAGGCCUCACUUCCGUACCUACGGUAAAAACAACAAUCGUACCAAUACUACAGUUUCCUAAUGCUACACCACCACCACACAACAACCGUCCAACUCCUAUGCCACAAGCCAACACUACUAAUCUUGCUACAUCAUCCUCUUCCACCUGGAUUCUUGAUAGUGGUGCCUCCCACCAUGUAACAGCAGACUUGAACAAUCUCUCUAUGCACACUCUGUAUGAUGGGAGUGAAGAACUAGUUGUUGGUGACGGUAAAGGCCUAAAAAUUACUCACUUUGGUUCUAUAAUCUUCUCAAAUUCUCUAAAACUUAACAAUGUUCUUGUUGUUCCUGCUAUAUCCAAAAAUAUUAUUUCCAUAUCUCAAUUAUGUCAAGAUAAUAAUAUUUCUAUCAGUUUUUCAUCCACUUCUUUUCUUGUGAAGGAUCUGACAAUGGGGGCAUCUCUCUUCCAGGGGCAAAUUAAGUCUGGCAUCUAUGAAGUCCAAACCACUUCUCCUAAGGUCUACACAAGCACAACUACUAGUUCUCUUGAUUGGCAUCACCGAUUAGGACAUCCAUCCCAAUAUGCCUUUAGGUAUGUUCAUUUCAUAGAAAACAAAUUCCCUUUCUCUGAGAAAAAUAUUUCUCUUCCUUCACAUUCAUCAUUGGUCGAAAAAUGGGAACCUCUUACCUUACCCAUUCUAACUCCUAAACCAAACCCACCCCACUCCUUAUAUAACCCCACUACCACUCCUUCUACUGCUGAAACAUCAGACCACACACCUCCUUCUACUCCACCCACACAUGCCUCUCUCACACCUUCUCCUCCCUCAUCACCACAAAAUGUGAACCACCAUGCACCUUUGUCACCACAAAUGGCCACCCGACUUCAACAUGGCAUUAGGAAACCAAUUGACAAAUUGAAUUUAAAUGUAGAGGUUGUUGAUAUUGAGGUUCCGAAAAAUAUUACACAAGAUCUCAAAAAUCCGGUGUGGAGAAAAGCCAUGGAUGCCAAAAUCAAUGCUUUGGUGAAAAAUAAAACGUGGGAUCUUGUUCCCUCCUCUUCUUCACAAAAUGUAGUGGGGUACAAAUGGAUUUUUCAAAUUAAGAAAGAUAAAGACGGCAAUAUCAUUCAAUACAAGGCUAGGUAUGCUGUAAAGGGAGUUAAUCAAAGGCCGGGAAUCGACUAUGGUGAAACAUUUAGCCCUGUUGUUAAACCCGCAACAGUCCAUCUUAUUCUCUGCCUUGCUGUUACCCAAAGUUGGCCUCUUCGCCAAUUGGACAUCAGUAAUGCCUUUCUCCAAGGCACUUUAACUGAUGAUGUUUAUACCAUUUAA